GAGACAGCGACCGCCGCCACUGUUUCAGUACCCGACCUUGACAAGGUCCCACUCGCCACGGAGGCACCGGCCGGAGAGCCAAGUCAAUUGAAGGAGGAGCGAGUGUUCGCUCAAAUCUUCGACAUAACUGCCCCGGCACCGACUGGAGAGCCAAGUCAAUUGAAGGAGGAGCGAGUGUUCGCUCAAAUCGGUAAAAGAGGCGAGCAGCAGCAAGAGCACCGGCGAUGGGUCCUCGACACAGGGGCAACAAACCAUAUGACCGGGGCCAAGUCUGCGUUCUCCGAGCUUGAUUUUGGGAUUCGCGGGACGGUGAAAUUCUGCGAUGGCUCCGUCAUCGAGAUCGAAGGGCACGACACCAUCUUGUUCGUCGGCAAGCACCACAAGCUGACCGGCGUCUACAUCAUCCCGAGGCUCAAGGCUAAUAUUGUGAGACUGGGUCAACUCGAUAAGGCCGGCUGCCACAUUUCCAUCAAGCGCGGGAUACUUAGGAUCCGUGAUGAUCGACGACAGUUGCUCACGCAAGUUUGGUGCACGGCAAACCACCUUUACAUCCAAGAGUUGGAGAUAGAGCAAUCAGUCAACCUCUCGGCUAGGUACCGGAGGAUGGAAGACCUAUUAGGAAAAGGUGAACCACCUGGACUGGUGCGGAGGAUGGAAGACCUAUUAGGAAGAGGUGAACCACGUGGACUGGCGCGGAGGAUGGAAGACCUAUUAGAAAGAGGUAAACCACGUGGACUGGCGCGGAGGAUGGAAGACCUAUUAGGAAGAGGUGAACCAUGUGGACGGGCGCAGAGGAUGGAAGACCUAUUAGGAAGAGGUGAACCACCUGGACUGGCGCGGAGGAUGGAAGACCUAUUAGGAAGAGGUGAACCAUGUGGGCGGGCGCGGAGGAUGGAAGACCUAUUAGGAAGAGGUGAACCAUGUGGACGGGCGCGGAGGAUGGAAGACCUAUUAGGAAGAGGUGAACCACCUGGACUGGCGCGGAGGAUGGAAGACCUAUUAGGAAGAGGUGAACCACCCCGCCAUUGCAGCGCGCUAGCUCGAAGAAGAGGUGGCCGAACAAGACGUGGAGUCUGAAAGACAUGCCGCCAGGGACACCGAGCCAUAUGGCUCAAAUCGGAGUUCAAACAAAAUAAGGUAGAUAUACCACAGGUAGACGUGGAGUCUGGAAGACAUGUCGGGGACACAGAGCCAUAGGGCUCAAAUCGGAGUUCAAACAAAAUAAGGUAGAUAUACCACAAGUAGAUGUGGAGUCUGGAAGACAUGCCGGGGACACCGAGCCAUAGGGCUCAAAUCGGAGUUCAAACAAAAUAAGGUAGAUGUACAGGUAGACGUGAAGUCUGGAAGACAUGUCGGGGACAUAGAGCCAUAAGGCUCAAAUCGGAGUUCAAACAAAAUAAGGUAGAUAUACCACAAGUAGAUGUGGAGUCUGGAAGACAUGCCGGGGACACCGAGCCAUAGGGCUCAAAUCGGAGUUCAAACAAAAUAAGGUAGAUAUACCACAGGUAGACGUGAAGUCUGGAAGACAUGUCGGGGACAUAGAGCCAUAGGGCUCAAAUCGGAGUUCAAACAAAAUAAGGUAGAUAUACCACAAGUAGAUGUGGAGUCUGGAAGACAUGCCAGGGACACCGAGCCAUAGGACUCAAAUCGGAGUUCAAACAAAAUAAGGUAGAUAUACCACAGGUUUUAGGAGGAGGUUGUUAGAUAAAACCUGAGAU